GCGCCGCCCCGCUGUCCGGCGGCGGGGCGCUAAGAUGGCGGCGCUGUGGCACGUGAAGCUGUCGGGGGAGCUGGAGCGGUGCCGGGCGGAGCGGCACUGGGCGCAGCUCCGGCUGCUGGUGCGGCACCAGCUGCUGCCCCCCGCCAGGGCGCCCCGCAAGGCGGCGGCGGGCGCCGAGGAAGCCGAGGACUAUGGGAGCAUGCUGCUUGCUGAAGCUCUGCUGGAAGAGUGCUUACAGGAAAACUUUGCCAAACUGAAGGACUCCAUUCCACUGACAGAGAAGAACGAGCCCAAGCUGAGUGAAGCUAAGCAGUAUCUGACCAAUGUCUUAAGCAGAGGAAAGCUGCGGCCUAAGUAUAUGAUAGAAGCUAUGCUGAUCCUAGGGAAGCUUCAUUACGUAGAGGGAUCCUACAGAGAUGCCAUCAGCAUGUAUGCAAAAGCAGGGAUCGAUGACCUCUCAACAAAAGAUGAACCCCUGUACAUGCUGCGUUUGGUGACUGAAGCCUUCGUUAUUAAAGGUCUGUCGCUGGAGCGCUCGACCAACUCAAUCGCCUCGCGCGCUCGCCUGUGUGAGAGGGAGGAGGAGGUCAUGGCUUGCUUCGAGACUGCUUGUGUUGUUGCCCAAGUGUACUUGCAGGAGCUUGAAAAGACCUUAAACAGCACACAUUCAAGGAGUAUAAAGGGCAGCAACAUGACGUACUCUGAGUUUGAACUGUCCUACUUCCUGGAAGCAGCCCUACAGAGUGCCUACGUGACUCAUUUAAAGAAGGGCAAUAUUGUGAAAGGAAUGAGGAGUCUGCGAGAAAUACUACGGACUGUGGAAACGAAAGCUACUCAGACCUUCAAAAUGACUGCAGCCAAGCAGCUAGCCCAAGUACUUCUCCAUUCCUUAAGCGAAGACUGUUACUGGAGCCCUUUAUCUGAUCCUCUUCCUGAGUUCAUGAACAAGGAAGAUCAGUCUUACGUUAGCAAUCUGCUCUGUCGGAAGCCUGAGCUGUACACAGAAGAGAACGUUUACUGCCCCCGGGACAACGUAGAAGAAGCUCUUCUUCUCCUCUUAAUCAGUGAAUCCAUGGCAAACCGGGACGCAGUGAUCAGCCGUGCCCCUGACCAGCAGGAUGACCGGGCUGUCAGCCUCCGGGAUGCUUCUGCCGUCUACGACCUUCUGAGCAUCACACUGGGCAGAAGAGGGCAGUAUGUCAUGCUUUCUGAGUGCUUGGAGAGAGCCAUGAAGUUUGCAUUUGACGAAUUUCACCUUUGGUACCAGCUUGCCCUGUCCAUGGUGGCUUGUGGAAAGUCAGCAUAUGCUGUAUCAGUGCUCAAGGAGUGUGCUAAGCUGCGACCAGCAGAUCCCACCGUUCCUCUUCUGGCUGCCAAGGUCUGCAUUGGGUCACUGCACUGGCUGGAAGAAGGAGAAUGCUUUGCUAAAAUGGUGAUAGACCUGGGUGAAGAUGCUGGAGAGUCCCUAGCAAAGGGUUACCUGGCACUGGGUCUUUCAUACAGUCUUCAAGCUACUGAUGCUACUCUGAAGAGCACUCAGGAUGAAUUAAACAAGAAAGCACUUCAGACUUUGGAGAGAGCACGUGAGUUGGGCCCAGAAGAUCACCAGAUCAUCCUCUACUUGUCACUGCAGCUGGCUCUUGUCAGACAGAUUUCUGAUGCUAUAGAACAUCUUCAAGAAGCAUUGCAGCUGUGCAAAGAUGACAUGAAUUCUCUGCAUCUACUGGCCCUCCUAUUUUCAGCUCAGAAGCACUAUCAGCAUGCGCUGGAUGUUAUCAACAUGGCUGUUGUUGAAUACCCAGAAAGCUUUAGCUUACUCUUCACCAAAGUAAAAUUGGAAUGGAUACAUAAGGGACCUGAGGAGGCUCUGGUGACAUGCAGGCAUAUGCUGCAGAUGUGGCAGAUGGUGUAUACCGUUUUACAGCACAGUGGCUCUGAGAAAGGAAGUAGUGUGACCGAAACACCAGUGAUCAAAAAGCAUAACGGACUGCAUCUCACGCUCCCGGAUGCUCAUGAUACUGAUUCUGGAUCACAGCGAGCCUCUUCCCUUGCUGCUUCAAGACUGGAACAGGCCAUGUCUGAAAUAACUAUGCAGAGCAGCACGAUGAAGCAAGGACCUAUGCAGCUGUGGACAACUCUUGAACAAAUCUGGCUUCAAGCUGCUGAACUCUUCAUGGAACAACACCAUCUCAAAGAAGCAGGCUUUUGUAUCCAGGAGGCAGCUAGUCUUUUCCCCACAUCUCAUGCUGUACUGUACAUGCGUGGGAGGCUUGCAGAGAUGAAAGGCAAUUUGGAGGAGGCUAAGCAAUUGUAUGAUGAGGCACUCACAGUGAAUCCAGCUGGAGUCGAAAUUAUGCACAGCCUGGGCCUGGUGCUGAACAGGCUUGGGCGGAGGGAGCUGGCCCAGAAGGUCCUCAGAGAUGCCAUCCAGAUCCAGAACACCAGCCACCAGGCCUGGAACAGCCUCGGGGAGGUCCUGCAAGCUCAGGGGAAAAACGAAGCAGCCAUCGAAUGCUUCCUCACCGCUCUGGACCUUGAAUCCAGCAGUCCUGUCAUCCCGUUCACUGUCAUACCCAGGGAGCUCUGAGGCUUCUUCAUUCGGUGGACAGACACAAACAGACAAAAGGACAUGCAGCGAAGAAACUGGAUUUAACACAAAAGUGCCAUUGUAACCUGGAACUGGGCAAAAUAAUUAAUUCCAGGAUGGGGCUCAGGUCUACAUGCUUAGCUGAGACGAGUCUAACUGUGGAGGAAUUUGCAACAGGCAGAGAAAAAGAAUGCCUUUUUUCUUCACAGAUGCCCAGUUAACCCCCUGUUCAAGUUAAUAGAAAGACUUAUUUCAAA